GACGAGGACGAGGAUCCAUGGGGUGCCAUCGACCUGCGCAUCGACGCCGGCGACGCGCACUGGGACCCCCGCGGCCGGGUCCACUGGCGGCGCGCCGUGUUCUCGCCCCUGCCGCCGGAGGGCGACAGCGGCGAGGAGGCCGAGCGGGGGUCCGUGGCCAGCGGCAGCGCCAGCGCUGCAGCGUCGCCCGCGGCCCGGAGCCCUGGGCUCCACGCCGCCUCCAGCAGGCGCAGCCGCGCGGGCGUUGCCCCCGGGCGCGUGUUCGAGAGGGGCUCCCCGUCUGGCGCUGGCGAGCGGGGCGCGCGCGGCAUCCUGCCGCCCGACAUGGAGGCGAUCGCCGCCCGGCUUCGUCGCCAUUCGUCGUCGUCGUCGUCGUCGAGGCUCGGAUCGAUUGUUUCCAACAGCGCCUGGCUUCGUCGCCGUCGUCCGGUCAGACGGGUUGUUCCAAUUUUGC